AUGUCAGUGCAAAAAACAACACCGUUGCUUCGUUCUGAACGCGAUUUGUGCUACAAUUUCCGGGAUCUGUAUUUUUCAUGUCUCGAAAAGGCUGGUAUUGAAGAUCCAACCAAGGUGGAGGAAGACAAAGUAUUAAGGAAAAAGGCCGAAACGUUUGGGUGUUUAAAGAAAAAUGACCAGUACAAGAGAGCUUGUCCUUCCUCUUGGGUAAAAUACUUUAAUAAAAAGGUAAUCUUGGAGAAACAACGGCAAGCAAUAUUAGAUCAAAUAAACGCCGAAAAGCAGGCAACUUAA